GCCGACCAGGGCCCACAGCAGAUGCAACAGAACCCUCAGCAGGCUGCUCCAGUACAGUUCCACCCAGAACAGCAAGGGUACGGGGCUCAAGCAGCCCGGUUUCCACACCAAGGCUUCCCCAUGCCCCCCCAACCGGCUGGGCAGGUGUACCACAAUGUCCCACCCGUAGGCCAAGCAGCUGCAAACGUUGGGCAGCCUCCGGCUCUGCAGAUGUCAUUUGGUGGCACAACCAUCAGGAUCCAGAGUCCAGCCGUUGCAGCAGGAGGCCUCGUGGCUGGAGCGGCUAUUGGAGGGGUGGUUGCAGCCAGCAGGGUUUCAGAAUCACCCGCAGUUGUACUGGGAACUGGACUGGCUGCAAGCCUGUCUACAGGAGUGACAACCCUUGCAUCUUUCUACCUGAGCAACAGGCAACAGACAGAAGAAGCCAUCCGCAGGGCGGUGGAGCGAGAACGGCACAUCCAAGUAGAUAACAUCGGGGAAGGGUCGCUUCUGGUGCACGUCAAGUUUCUUACACUGGCCGGCUACUGGGUCCUACGCAGUUUGAAUGAGAGAAUCCACCAGGGCACAGACCGCACCUGUCUGCAAUUGCUACUAGAGGAUGAGCUGUGCAGGAUUGGCUGGACCGGACCGAUCCAAGUGGGGCUGGAGGGGUGGUGGUUUGCUGAUGAGGAGGGACAGGAAGAGGAACAGGUAGAGGAGGAGGCAGGGACAGAGCAGGAAGAGAGAUGGGAGUGGGCAGGGAUAGAGAAGCAGUUUGUCUCACCCAGUGUGACUACAGAAGGAGACUCAGCUAUAGGCCUGUCUGAAGACGUGUCCUCUGUAGCAGCCAUGUCCAUCACUUCAGCUGGAGAGGUGGAAGAGGGGCUGCUCAAGUGGGCGAGAGCCAUGCUACAGAAGCACAAGUACUCACCAACAGCACAAUGUUACGUCCAAUCCUUCAGGUCCUGGGAGGAAGGAGCAGAAAUCCUGAGCAGCAGUGGGUACACAGACCUGGGGGGAGUCAAGGCCUUGGUACAGGGAUUCAUGCUGCUUGACACGGCCACACCAGAUUUCACAAGUACAAUACUGUAUGGACAGUCAUGGCUGAACCUGAACAAAGCCCGACUGAAGCAGCUGAUGACCUCCCAGCUACAAGCUGACCCCACUGACAGCACCUGUCUGCUGCUGACAGCCCUACAGCUGCCAUAUGGAGACAGCCGGGUGCAGACCCUGCAGCAGGUGGUUGCUGCCAUCCUACAGCACGGACCAGGAGACUGGCUGUACCCACACCUGCACCACAUCUACUGCUACCUGGGGUGGGCCAUAUGGGAGGCAAGCCGUCAGCCAAAACCAACAAUGAUAUCAAAAAUUUUCAAGGGGAGUAACCUACCAACAGUUGAUCUGGCUGCUCUGGCCAAAGCCCUGUCUACCCUGGAUAGUUCCCUUAUGUACAAACAGGACCAUUUGGAAACUGUGUACUGCACAGCCAUGCUGUCUAAGGAAGUGUCUGAGACAGAAGCAAUCAGACAGUUUGAACACUUCCUCAGGCUGGCACCAGAGUGUGAUUACAAUGUGCGUUAUGCUCACUACUACCUGGCCACCCUGUACAACCAGCAGCAGGACAGACAGAAGGUGAUUCACCACUUCACCAGGGGGCAGCAGACAGAGGCCAACAGGCUAACUGGGUUUGCUGAAGUCGCCAAAUUCAUCAAAGACCCUGCUAAAAAGGCAUAUGAAGAAGUCAUGGCAAAGAAACAAGCAAACAAGUGAAACCUUGUUCUAUAAAAGAAAUAGGUACAUGUAUAAGUCUAUGACAUAGCAUCUAAGUGCACUGUGUUGAAAAAUUGUCUUUAAAACUAUUACUAGUAUCCUCUACUUAUAAUUCUAUUUUAAGCUACAUUCCAUAAUUAAAUGUUGUGUUUAACAGUAAACAAGUGCAAUGUACAUGUAUAUUGAACAUACCCCUAUGACUUGUGAGU